AUGAUUCUCUUCGCACUAGACGAAUGUAAGUCUUUACAAUAGUAGGGCAUUUUCACUGCAUAAGCAACGAUUAGCCAUGUUGUGGCCAGAGUUGAGAGAAUGAGAUCUCAAUCCAUCAGUAGACGUAAGUAAGUAGAACAACAGCAACUCGAAGGAGAAAAUCAACGAAUAAAGUUUAAAUUGUUGGAAAUUGCUAAUGAAAAGAAGAUAUCAUCAUAACAAGUUAAACUAUGUUAAGCCAAAAAGAAGUUAUAACAAUUAUUUAGACAUUAAUAAAAUAUGAUGGAGAAUCUUAUUUUGAUGUAAAAGAUUACUAAUGCAACUUCAUCCAUUACUCAUAAUGUCUAAUCUCAAGAUUUUCACAUUAGCAAGUUAAAGCAACUUCAUAGAUAUCUACAAGACGAUGAGAAGAGUUUGUUAAAAGGUUCAAGUUUUCAGAGUCCCAACCAUACUUAAUCAAAUUCCUACAAUCCUUAACGUACUAGAACCCUUGAUACCACUCACAUCAAAUUAUCAGAAUUCAGAUUGUAUUCAAAUGGAUAAUUGCUUCAAUGA